GGAGAAUGGUGACUGGCGUUGAAUAAAAGGAAUAUGAAACCUGACUAUCCUUUUUACGCACUGACAUUAACCACAGCAAUCAUCACUUAUGAAUAGGCUAUUUUGUUAAUGACAUAGUUUGAUUCUGCGAGAAGAAAUGCCAUUUUAUUUACAUGUUUAUUGAUGUUAUUUUUAGUGACGGCCGUGUGGGAUUACUGGUAGGUGUAUGUGUUAGGCACUGUUUGCAGAAUUUUCGGAACCCUUUGCAUACCAGUGAUGGUCGGUAAUAAUUCGCUGCUGGUAUAUUUAUCCUCACCAUGAAGUACGUCCGUGUUUAUUGAUGCUAAUUCUAGUUACGGUGACCGCAUAUGUCAGCAGUAGUCCCAACUUUUAGUUCAUGCCUUACAAGCGGUCUCUCCAGACGCCAGCGCUCGCCCUCUCUCGUACCGCUGCCUGAAUCGCUGUAAGCAACUGAUUCAGAUGUGGCUCCGGGACUGUGUGGAUUACUGGGUCAUCUUAUCUGCACACUUCCACUUAAUUAUUUAUUCCACAGUCCUAAAAUACUCCAUCGCCUCUCGACGGAUUUGAGCCCUGGCAACCCCAGAACAGAAUGAAAUGACAAAUGAGGAAGGAGACCGCUUGGAGCUUCGGCGUUUUACCCCGGGGGAGCCGGUUUCCUGGUGACUAACGGCCAAUGACAACUUUGCGUCUGCGAUUGACCCUCAGGGGACAAUUAUUUCCCGUCUCGUAGGUUUCCGCGAAACCGAGGGAGUUUGGGGCGGAUGAGGGGGACGUGAAACAGAGAGAGAAAAAACACACACAGCCCAGAAGCUGGACAGGCGGAGCCUGGAAGUGGUGGAGUCUGAAAGUAGCCGAGAGCGCCACAGAUUCUUGGCGAGCUGCAGAAGCGAGUGAGGAGCCCGGGGAAGCGGGAGCUGGCGUUUUGUUUCUCUCUCUCUCGUUCACCCGGAAUCAUCCCGCCCCGACUCUCCAAGUUGGAGAAGUGGAGCUCGGCAGGAGGCGGUGUGUGUGUGUGUGUGUGAGAGAGAUUCUUUUGGGGGAAGAUGAUGUAAGAGACGCUUUGCCAGCUGCUUUCACUCUCCCUCUCCCUCUCUCUCUCUGGGAGAUGUGACAAACCGGGAGCUGACAGCAGUCUAUCCGGAGCUGGGGACCAGGAGCAUCCCUAGGGCGGAGGCAGGGAGGGAGGGAGGGAGGUAAACGACCGGGGAGGGAGGGUGACUCCAUUCCACGGGCAGAGCCCCUCCCUCCUCUCUCGCCCUCCCCUCCUUACCCCCUCUGAGAGGGGGGGGGAGUGGUCGGCUUUUGCUCCAUUUACCCCCCCAUACCCCCCCCCCCCCCGUUACUGUGGAGGAGCUGGAGUGGGGGGUAAGCGGAGCUGCUGGCAGCCUGCCGGUGUCCCGGGCUGGCCAGGCUCGGGGAGGCUGCUCUCUGAGCGAGUGCCCUGCCCCUCCGCCCGGGGGAAGGGAGCAGACGGCCUCACCCUGCUGGCCCCAGCUUGGCUCGGGGCUCCGGGCCAUGGCUCUGAACGCGAACUGCAGGCCGCCUGUGCCGCUGGCGGCCCGGGAAAGCGGCGGCGGCAGCGGGGGGCCCCCUCUGCCCGAGGUGGUGGAGCUGAAUGUGGGCGGCCAGGUGUACUUCACCCGCCUGUCCACCCUGACCAGCCUCCCGAACUCGGUGCUCGGCAGGAUGUUCGGUCACAAGAGGAACUCGGCGGGCCCCGAGCUGGCCCGGGACAACCGCGGGCGCUUCUUCAUCGACCGGGACGGCUUCCUAUUCCGCUACAUCCUGGACUACCUGCGGGACAGGGCGGUGGUGCUGCCCGAGCUCUUCCCGGAGAAGAUGCGCCUCCGGCGGGAGGCGGAGUUCUUCCAGCUGCCCGAGCUGGUCCGCAUGCUGAGCCCGGAGGAAGGGCAGAGCCCCGGCCUUGAGGAGCCCUCACACAGCGACCUGGAUGAGCUGUCCCAGGGCAGUGACCUCCCCCGGGCCGGCAGCCAGGCGGCGGAGCGCCGCGCCGGCUUCAUCACGCUGGGUUACCGCGGCUCCUGUGUCCUGGGCCGGGACAGCCUGCAGGGGGAUGCCCGCCUCUUCCGCCGGGUCCCCCGCAUCCUCGCCUGCGGGCGCAUCGGCCUCCUCAAGGAAGUCUUCGGAGACAACGUGAACGAGAGCAGGGACCCGGACCGGACCCCGGACAGGUACACGUCCCGCUUCUACCUCCGCUACCGCCAACUGGAGAGAGCCUUCGACACCCUGGCCGAAGCUGGCUUCACUCUACUGGGCAGCAACUCGUCUCUGACAGGCUCAGUGUGCGGACAGGCGAUUGACGACAGGGCAUGGAGCAGCUACACCGAAUACCUCUUCUACCGUGGUUCUUCCCGAUGGCCCUCACCACAGUGUGAAUGUGGCUGCAGAAAUGAUAAAAGUGAAAAGGAUGGAGAAAGCAUUACAUCCUGCAAUGAACUAUCCACUUCAAGCUGUGAUAGCCAGUCUGAGGCCAGCUCUCCACAGGAGACAGUGAUCUGUGGUCCAGUAACCCGGCAAUCCAAUAUCCAGACCCUGGACCGACCAGCCAAAAAAGGGCCAGUGCAACAAGUGCAGCAAAGUGAAUUCCGAAGGAAAAGCGAUCUGUUAAGGACACUCACCAGUGGAUCCCGUGAAUCCAACGCAUGCAAAAAGAAAAUCAAAGAGAAACUGACAAUUGAGGAAGAGUUAGAGAAAUGCAUUCAAGAUUUUCUAAAAAUUAAGAUACCUGACAGGUUCCCAGAGCAAAAAUACCCAUGGCAAUUAGAACUGUUGCGGAAGUACCAUCUAUAGAAUAAGUUAGGUCCUUGCAAGGACUCUUCCCUAGCUCAGGCUACCCUCGCGUCUAUGCUUCUGGACUGUCCUGACUUCAGACUCUUACCUGUUCCCAGGUUACGACUAUUCCCUGCUCUGCAGUGCUCCUGAGCUCUCACUGCUCUCUGUUCCUGCUUUGGGCUCUGGCAGUUCUUGAAUACAGUUCCCGGAUACGUUUGAAAUUUGACUGCUUCAUCUUCAAUUGUUUCUGAAUGGUCUUUAUCCCAUUUACUAAGACUUGAACCAAACAAGGGCAAACAGUGGAUGGGAAAAUGGCUUGAGCUCUAAUCAGUUAUUUGCUGCUGAUAAAAAAUAGAUGGGAACUGUUAAUGUCUCCAGAUCAACGACAUACCGAGAAAGUGAGAAAAUAGGACUUGGGGUGUCAGCGCCACGUUUUACAAACUUUCAGACACCCUUCUCAGAGGAAAAGCAGAUUGUCUGGCCAAUAAAAUGGUCAGACAUGUAGCACUGCUGCUUCUGGUCACAAUGAUCUGAUAACCUAUUACUCCCUUCUCUGGUUCCUGCAUGUAUUACGUGUGCAGAUUGUCAAUCAGACUUCAGUUUCUGUACUGUUGAGUGUAAAGACUUUGGUGUUUGUGAUGAAAAGACAUCUAUCUUCUCACAUAUGGAAGUUCUCUCAAAAAUCUUCCAUUUACUACACAUUUCCUGACUGAAAUAUCUUGAAGCUGCACCACAAUCAGACACCUUUAGCUUGCUUGGUUUAACAAAAAGUAUAGGCACUUACUGUUUUUUCCCAUUUUAAAAGAAAAAGCACAUUGAAGUUUGCUUAUGUUGUGAGGUCAGUAAUGCGGGUUGAAGCAGAGAUUUCUUGCACUGACUGUAAAGUGAUGGAUACAAUAUUCUUGAAUCUAGUUGAAGUUGACAAUGACCUUGUCUUUUCAAAUUAUACAGGAUAGGUUUGAUGUAAAGUGGACUUGCACUGAUUUAACUAACAAAGUGUGACUCUGAAAUUCAGUAUUCACUGUGUGAUGUUUUAAUUGGAUCAUUAUUAACGGUCUAUUGAUGACUUGUGUUCUUUCCUUGGAGAUUUGUGUAACUCUCUUGCAGUGUGUGACUUUUUUCCCAGUAAGUUUGUGGUACAUGUUUCCCUCUUGGGAUGUUGAAGCACAAGUUUGUCUCUUCCUUGAAAUAAUGCCACAAUGGUGGUCUGUACUUUGAUGAUUGGUUGUUAGUUUCAAGUUAAGUUAAUCAAUUAAACCCUUUGAGGGCUGCAGUAGUAUCCCUACACUGUGCCUGAACUUGAUAGGAUGUUUAUAUUUUGACUGACUGAUACAGAAAGCUGUUUUUGUGUGUUUUACAUGGUCUCUUUGUGGUCUGUGCCCCUUGCUAUUAUGUUAGUGCAAAAUUUAGAAAUUAAUUUAUCAGUCCUCAGAGGGUUAAUUCACUAAGAAGUGGAGUACCUUCCUUUUUCCAUAUGUUUAGUUGGUUAUUUAAAAAAAAGGAACCUUAUAUCUUACAAAUUUCUCUACAAAGUGAACAAGUCCAAUGACCAGCUGAACAAUGACACCUUCACUGAGCUGAGUAGUUCUAUGGUCACUUUUUGCUGACUGCCUUUUAAAUGUGCAAUAAGAUGUUGUAAUUUUGUGUUGUUUGAAAAUAUCAAUUUUCUCGUGAUGUCAUUGUGACAAAUUUGAGUUGAGUUUUCUGGAUUCUUGCCUCUCAGCCCUUCCAUCCCCAAACAAUGAGAAUCCUUUUUGAUGACGAUGUCUCACAAUCUUUUUUUUUUGUUUUCCUUAAUAGCCAGAAGAGCAAUUGUUCCUCACUUUGGUAUAAUUUUGCUGAGGAUUGACAUCCAAAAUAUCAACUUUCAGCAAGCAAGCCCAGCCUGGAUUGAACCACUGUCUUUGCAUUUGACUUGUCAGUGCCAAGCUAAUGACAGAAAGAUAUUGCUAACUAGGCUAUUUUGGCUCUUUUCACUGUGGAAUAUGUAUGUCCUUUAAAAUAACUUUAAGUGAUAAAGAUAAUGCUCACAUCAGAAUUAUAUCAGACUGUUAGCUAAAUGCAAAGGCUGCCAGGACACUAUCUUUGGCUACUGGGCUUAAUUUGAUUCAGUAGUAAGUUGUUUUUUUUGUGAAUUAAGGUGAUAUACUGCACCGUGUUCUUGCAUAUCUCCAUAUAACUGGUUGAUACUUCUGUGGUACUGCACUGUUUUGUUUAAUAAAUUACAGACACAAAAGAAACAUGUGACUGACAGCUUGUAAUGGUUGAAAAUGUAAACAGUUUAAAUAUACAGUAUAAGGAAAUGCACAAUAUUUAUAAAUAAAAAUAUACACAAACCAUUCAGAUUGCUGAUGUACUACAAUAUGAAGCAAAACAUUAGUCAAAUGUUAUUAAUAAAUCUGAUGACAUUAUCUUGUUGGCUAAGAUCAAGUCAUUUAGCACGGACUGAGCGUUAACCCUGUGACUUCUUAUUAACAAAAUAAAUAUAAUUUAACACAAUAUUUGUACGAGUUGAAUGAUGAGAGAUGCUUGUAGCAGAAAUGCUUUUGAUCAGUUUUACAA